AUGGGAAAGGGAAAUGGAAAUGGAAAUGAAGUUUUGGUGGUGUGUAGUGAUAGGAAUAUGGGGACAGGGAUAGCGAUAUGGGAUAUGGAAACAGGAGAUCGCAUUAUGCAUAUACCAACUUGUGCUUCUCCUCUUCAUGGCUUGUUGUGUCUAAGAGACCAGUUUCUUGUGGCUUCUCAGGUUAACAAACAUGGGUCUGUCGGUGGUGGGGCUAUCUUCACUUGGUCAAUCAAUAAGCCUCAACAACCUCUUCGAAGCUACCCACUUGAAGCCAUUGGGCCGCUUACUUGCACCAAGGAUGGUCUGUUUCUUGCUGCCGGUUCUCCAUCUGGAAAUGCUUACCUUUGGGAGGUUGCAGAUGGAAGAUUACUGAAAACCUGGCAUGCCCAUCGUAAGUGUUUGAAAUGCUUGAUUUUUUCCAAUGAUGACUCUCUUCUUAUUUCUGGUUCAGAAGACGGAGUGGUCUGCGUGUGGUCUGUGGUUAGCUUGCUAGAUACAGAAGAUUUUGGAAGCUCAUGUUCAUUGUUGCACUACUCAUUGGAGCAUGCAUCCUCCAUCACCGGUCUGUUGACAACAUCAGGCAUUGCAAACUCAACUUUUAUAUCAAGUUCUCUUGAUGCUACAUGCAAGGCUUGGGACUUGGUCUCGGGUAGGCUUAUACAAACUCAAGAAUAUCCGCUAGGGAUAACUGCAAUCAUCAUUAAUCCAGCAGAGCAGCUCCUGUUCGCUGGAAGCAUGGAUGGAAGAAUAUUUGUUAGUGUUCUUGAUAUUGGACUCCCGGAGCAUCCUUUUGCUGUUGCCAGAGAGGAACCAGUUGCGCUAAAAGGACACAAUGGAUCUAUAACAGCAUUGACUUUCAGUUCAGUGGGUCUGAUAUCAGCUUCCGAGGACUGCACUGUCUGUCUCUGGGAUGUCAUUAGUCAAGUGAUCAUACGAAGAUUUAACCAUAAAAAAGGGGCAGUAACCAAUCUUGUAGUGAUUCCACGGUCUUCGCUGCAUUCUGCAUCAAACCAUCGAAGAGUUUCCAAUCAGUUUCGUGUUUCAUUGCUCGAUAAGUGUCCUCAGCCAGCCAACUCAUCUAAUGGAAUUCUCACUCUCCUUCACACAUGUUCUUCCCCCAAGGGUCAUCAGAGUUCUGUAGAUUUCGGAAUAACCAAUUUAUUGGAUCGGCAAAUAUUUGAGAUGCAGCAAGGACAGACACCUGCUGCGAUGCAAAUGAAGGUAGAAACAAGCAUGGACCAUCGGACGUGGGCUAGAAGAAUGACAAAUCAUGUCGUGGAAAUGAACAGGCAUUUGCAGUCUCGUUUGCUGGACUUGAUGCAGAUUCGAUUGUUAUUAGCUACCGAAAACGAUUCACCAACUACCGGUAAGAGCAAGAAGCUCAAGAUCGAAAUUAGUCCCCCACCGCAAGAAGAGAAGACAUCACAAUCUCCUAGUUAA